UUCCGUCGUGUAUCACGGCAUUUCCUGUUGGCCCUGUACUGGUUACUGCAUAUAAUGCUUUUACGUAUUGCAGCUUUUUGUUGACGAAUCAUUUACUUUUUUGUUUUGGACGAAAAGACGACAGUAGCAUAUUCGGGACUCGCCGUGUGUAAACGUAUUAAAGAAAGAAUGGACACUAGAGGAAAGCUUAAAACCUGUCUGAAACAAUUUGAGUGUGAAAGUACAUUAUCUCAGCUGCCGCCACACCAAAAGGCAUCUGUAUUGAUUCCAUUAUUCAUGAAGAAAGGGGAACUCCACAUUUUAAUGACCCUUCGGUCAUUAAACCUAAAACAUAGUGCAGGUGAGGUGUGCUUUCCCGGCGGGAAACAUGACUCAAGAGAUCGUGAUGAGAUAGACACUGCUCUCAGAGAGGCUGAGGAAGAGAUUGGUCUUUCUACUGAUCAGGUGGAAGUGGUUGGCAGGCUUUUCCCAGUAUUAAGUAAGAGCGGCCUCUUCGUGACUCCAGUGGUGGCCUUCAUAAAGGACACAUUUCAAGCUCAUCCGAACCCAGAGGAAGUAAGCCAUGUGUUCUCGGUGCCACUAAGUUUCUUCCUGGGCCAGACAAACCACUCCUCCUAUUACUUACCUGGCAUCACUGGGAAACUUCAUAGUUUCAUGUACCAGGACUUUGACUCCAAAAAGACGUUCCACAUAUGGGGUCUGACAGCCAUAUUGGCAAUACUUGUUGCUGUCCUUGUCCUUGGUAGAAAGCCAAUGUUUGAAGUUGACUUUGACUCCGAAGACCCCCUGCCUUUCUUCCAGCGUAAUCUUCAUUUUCAAAUCAGCAAAUUAUAAUUUGCUCAUGGAGGCAGUGUCAUUUUAAGGAAUUGCUUUACCCAGACUUCUUCCUGCUGCAGUGACACAAUACUCAUAGAAAUUAUGUUAGUUGCUUCAGGGUAGUUAAGACUGAACAUGGUGGCUUCUGGGUUAUUGGGAAUAUGUCAAUGAAAGACCUUGUUAUAAUUCAUAAGAAUAUACUGUAUACUCGUUAUGAAGUGAAGGUUCUCUGAAUGAUGCAGAAAAUCUGGCCUUAUUGUAACACUCAGUAAGGUAUACGGGUGAACAAUUAGCCCUCGAUAAUAAUAGAUCCUAAGUUGUUUGUGGACCAGCGAGUCAGAGCUGUUGCUCUAAUAUCGUCCAUGAUAUCCCAGUGGCCCAAACCAUAGCUCCAUAUAUCCUGUCUCAGCUUUUUAUUGUGAUGCUAUAUAAUUUCACCAGGGCUAUUCUGCUUUCCAAGCUUUCUAAAGUAAAUCACUAUAAACUGUGAAUGAAUUUGCUUGUAAAUGUUCUAUACUAAAUAAAGUAGUAUGUUUUAUUAGCUACAUUAUCUUGUACUGUAUUCUAAGUAUAUAACAUAAUUACAUAAUUUUCUCAGGGAUCAAUAAAGUAUUCUGAAUCUGAAUGAA